AUGAGUGGCCUUCGAUUCCUCGAUCUCAUCAAGCCCUUCUCGCCGAUCCUCCCUGAGGUGCAGCAACCCGAGACGAAGGUUCCUUUCAACCAGAAGCUGAUGUGGACCGGCUUAACGUUAUUGAUCUUUUUGGUCAUGAGCCAGAUGCCACUCUAUGGCAUUAUGUCCUCAGAUACCUCGGAUCCUCUAUACUGGCUGCGAAUGAUAUUGGCGAGUAACAGAGGAACACUAAUGGAAUUGGGUAUCACGCCAAUCAUCUCCUCGGGCAUGGUCUUCCAGCUUCUUGCUGGCACACACUUGAUCGAUGUUAACCUUGACUUGAAAUCGGAUCGCGAGCUCUACCAGACUGCGCAGAAGCUUUUCGCCAUCAUCCUGUCAAUGGGUCAGGCUACCGUCUAUGUUUUCACUGGCCUUUAUGGCCAGCCUUCUGACCUCGGCGCUGGUGUUGUGUUCCUCCUCAUCCUCCAAUUGGUUGUUGCUGGCUUGAUCGUCAUUCUUCUUGAUGAGCUCCUCCAGAAGGGAUAUGGUCUCGGAAGUGGUAUCUCUCUUUUCAUUGCGACCAACAUCUGCGAGUCCAUUGUGUGGAAGGCAUUUUCCCCAACUACCAUCAACACCGGCCGUGGACCGGAGUUCGAGGGUGCAGUCAUUGCGCUCUUCCACUUGCUCCUCACAUGGCCAAACAAGCAACGAGCGCUCCAAGAGGCUUUCUAUAGACAAAAUCUCCCCAACAUCAUGAACCUCCUCGCCACCCUCGUUAUAUUCGCCGCCGUCAUCUACCUCCAAGGUUUCCGUGUCGAGAUCCCAGUCAAGUCCUCCCGCCAACGUGGCGCACGCGGUUCUUACCCUGUCCGCCUUUUCUACACCUCCAACAUGCCCAUCAUGUUGCAGGGCGCUCUGUCCUCCAACGUCUUCUUGAUCAGCCAAAUGCUAUACUCCCGCUUCUCCGAGAACCUCCUCGUUCAACUCUUCGGCGUCUGGGAGCCCAAGGAAGGAUCCGCGCAACUCUAUGCUGUUUCUGGCCUCGCAUACUACAUGUCCCCACCUCUCAACUUCACCGACGCCCUCCUCGACCCAAUCCACACAGCCGUCUACAUCAUCUACAUGCUUGUCGCCUGCGCUGUCUUCUCCAAGACCUGGAUUGAGGUUUCCGGCUCCAGCCCAAGAGACGUCGCCAAACAGCUGAAGGACCAAGGUCUUGUUAUGGCAGGUCAUAGAGAGCAGAGCAUGUACAAGGAACUCAAGCGCAUUAUUCCUACUGCUGCUGCAUUCGGUGGUGCCUGCAUUGGGGCUCUGUCUGUUGCAAGCGAUUUGAUGGGUGCACUGGGAUCGGGUACCGGUAUCUUGCUGGCUGUCACUAUCAUCUACGGCUACUUCGAAAUCGCAGCCAAAGAAGGUGACAUGGCUGGGAUGAAGGGUAUGAUAAUGGGAUAG